AUUCUCCGCCACCAACGUCAAUCGCCAUCCAAGCAGGACUCCCCUACGAUUCCACUGUAGUUGCUCUCGCUUUAACUCACUCAAAUAUAUACCACCAUCAUAUAUGUUCACACUCAGAGUGUCUUGAAUUUAUAGUUCGCAACGGGAUCGGAUUUAUCGGGUGAAGAUUUCGCAUAGUUUUUUCCAAGAAAUGGAGGUCAGAGCCCGAGCACCCGGGAAAAUUAUACUCGCAGGUGAACAUGCAGUUGUCCACGGAUCCACUGCUGUGGCUGCCUCAAUCGAUCUCUACACUUACGUCACUCUUGGGUUCCCCACGCCUUCUGACAAUGAUGAUACAUUAAAACUUCAUCUCAAGGAUAUGGACUUAGAAUUUUCUUGGCCAGUUGGAAGAAUUAAAGAAGUUCUCCCUGAUUUGGGUAGCCAUGCUGCUUCCUCUCCCUCAUCAUGUUCAUCAGAGACCAUCAAAGCAAUUACUGCUCUAGUUGAAGAACAGAACAUUCCCGAAGCAAAAAUUGGACUUUCUUCGGGUGUUACAACUUUUCUGUGGCUAUACACGUCCAUUCAUGGAUAUAAACCUGCUAAAACAGUGGUCACUUCUGAGCUGCCACUGGGCUCUGGCUUGGGUUCAUCUGCUGCCUUAUGUGUUGCAUUUUCAGCUGCUCUACUUGCUCUAUCUGAUUUCGUCACACUUGAUUUUAGCCAUCAGGGAUGGCAAAUGUUUGGAGAUAGUGAGCUGGAUCUAGUAAAUAAAUGGGCCUUUGAAGGUGAAAAAAUAAUCCAUGGAAAGCCAUCUGGGAUAGACAACACAGUGAGCACGUAUGGCAACAUGAUCAAAUUUAGGUCUGGUGAAUUGACACGCAUCAAGACAAAUAUGCCACUUAAAAUGCUCAUAACUAACACAAAAGUUGGGAGAAACACGAAAGCGCUGGUAGCUAGUGUUUCUGAAAGGACAAUAAGGCAUCCUGAAGCUAUGGCUUCUGUAUUUUCUGCAAUUGAUUCCAUCAGCAGUGAGUUAGCUUCCAUUAUUCAGUCACCGGUUACAGGCGAUCUUGCCAUAACUGAGAAAGAGGAAAAAUUAGAAGAACUGAUGGAGAUGAAUCAGGGGUUGCUCCAGUGCAUGGGGGUCAGCCAUGCAUCUAUAGAAACCGUGCUUCGAUCAACAUUGAAAUACAAGCUGUCGUCCAAAUUAACAGGAGCAGGUGGUGGAGGCUGCGUUUUGACACUUCUACCAAGCUUACUAUCAGGAACAAUUGUUGACAAAGUAAUCGCAGAGUUAGAAUCGUGCGGGUUCCAAUGUUUGAUUGCGGGCAUUGGUGGAAGAGGCAUGGAGAUUAGCUUCAGUGGUUCUUCCUAAACUUAGUCCAGAGUUUUAACCGUAAGAUUUGUCACCAUAUUUGAGAAUAAUCAUACGUGGAAAUGUAUGCUACUUCUGCCCUCUUCUGUUAAUUAGAAAUGUAUUCCUAGUUUUUGCAAUGCACGUACGACAUUUGGAAUAAUUUUGCAUUUUGUCAUAAAGUAAUUAUUUAUAUUAUGGU